UUGAACGGGUGUAAUUUAAGGAAUAUAGCUUUCUUCUGAAUAUAAAUAAUAAGAUGAACAAGAUGGCAACGUUUUCUCAGUCAACUGUAGCUAAAGGCUUUGAUUCAAUUAUAGACUUUUGACGUUCGCCCUGUAAUGCGCACAAAACUACCAGUGGGCAGAAUUUUACUGUGAUAACUGUGUAAAAUUUUCUUGUGCAAAAUGCAUGAUCCUUCAUGGUCAGUUGUUUGGGAAACAUGUGACAUAUGGAAGGGGAGACACAAGUAAGUGGCCAGUGGCCAAGGAAGUUGAGGAUUUCCUUCAGAAAUGUGACCUUCACGAAGACAAACGUCUAGAAAUGUUCUUCAAUGACCACAGUCAGCUGUGCUGCACUAAUUGUGCUUUCCUCAAUCACAGACAAUGUGCUAAAGUAACACUGAUAUCCGAGUAAGUCAAAGGACCUCUACCAGAUUUGCUGCUACUAGCAAGAAAGAUCAAAACUAUUAUUGAAGAAAUCAAGAAACUUAAAAAUCAUUGGGAUACAAACAUUCAGUCUUUGCAGGCUUCAUACGACAAACAACUACAAAAAAUACGUGAAACACGCAAACACAUAAAUAGUAUUCUAGACAAGAUUGAAAAAAAACACCAUUAAAGAGCUAGAUGACAAAUCAAAAAAAUUCUGUCGAGACUGAUGCGGACAAUUGCAGCAAGCUAAAAAUGAUCUAGAACAACACAGUGGCGCAAUACAUGAUGUUGCUGAUAAAGGAAAAGUGGAACUGUCAUUUAUUGCAAGUAAGAAAUGUCUGGAAAAGAUUUAUCAUUCUGAAACUUAUCUGAAGGAGAACUCAGUUCAGGUUGAAAGUUCACUGACAUUCCAGGCCGACAGUGAUGUUCAACAGUUCAUGUCUAAAUUGUCAGGUCUUCGGAGGCUUGUACUCAGUACCAAGGCAUUAUCAGACCAGGUAUUCAUUGUGCAAGGAAAGUCAGAGUAUAAUGUUCGCUUAUGGAGUGAUUAAGAUAUAAGCUGCUAUAUCAAUGUCAUUUGUGUUCUCUCCGAUGAUCCGAUACUUGUUGCAGAUAAUGCUAAUAAACAACUUAAGCUACUCAAUCCUCAAUACCAGGUGGUGGAUCAUUGUGAUUUAACUGGUUAUCCAGGUGGUAUGUGUCAAAUCACACCAAGUGAAGUAGCUGUUACUGUGGAUGAGGAUGACACACAUGAGGUCCACUUUGUCUCGGUGGAUGGUGCGCGCUGGUUAAGGGAAGCAAGUAACAAUUUCAACAUGAAUGUUAUGGUAUUGCUCAUAAUAUGCAAGACCUGUAUUUCACUACUGGCACUGCUCUUUACAAGUAUUCAAUGAAAGGAGCCCUUUUGAAUAAGUUAUAUGAAGAUACCUCAGUCAAAUACACAGUACUUAAGUGUGCAGUGAGUCCUUCAGGUGACAAGAUAUUUGUCACCAACAAUACGGAUGACAAGGUCCUCACCCUGGCCAGAGAUGGCACACUUCUCCACACCUUCACAGACCCAGACCUACAAGACCCAGAAGGUAUUCAUGUGACUGAUCUGGGACAGGUGCUGGUCUGUGGGUUUGACUCCAAGACUAUCCUACAUCUGGAUGGUGAAGGCAAGAAGAAGCUGGCAACUCUUGCUAGAAUGAGUGAUGGACUUGAUCGCUCAUGGUCAGUCUGCUUCAAAAGGAGUAAAGCAUCCCUCAUUGUGGGACAAGCGGAUAGUAACAACAUUGUUGUGUUUAAAGUAAUAUAGUUUUGUUUGACAAGUUUCAGUACAAACAUUUUGGAACAUGUAGUUUACAUUAAUUCUUGGCAACACCAAACUUGUAUUCAGUAUUAUGUUCCAUCACAUUAUUCAAAUGGGUGAUUUAUUGUCUUGCCUACUAAUGUCAAAUCAUGUUAUCUUGAUAUAUAUCUUAAAAAUGAAUAACAUAUACGUACAUGAUUUAUUUGUAAUUAUGUUCUUCAAUAUAUUGGUGUAAUUGUUAUGCAAAGUAAAAAGAACGGCUGAGUGCAAUUAAGGAGGGACCGAAGGUUUUACAUUUUCAUUUUGAUAUUUAACAGUCACCAUGAGGUCUGUCCUAAAAGAUAUUAAGUUUUAUAGAUUUACAAUUAUGUAUUGUACAGAUUUGUGUAGCUCUAAUUGUUGUUUUUAGAUUAUACUUUUGUUGAUAAUAGUUAUAUAUGUAUUUAUGUUAUUCAUGCUAUCUGCCUUUUACCGUUCACUAUGUAUUGCUGAAUAAAUAAACUUUUACUUAUGUAGACAUU